UAAGGCGUGAAUCUACCUCUGGCGUGACUCUAGCAGGCGUCAGACGACAACCUCUUCAGCAGGCCAAGGCUCAGCUCCAACUUGUUAAUUGUUACAUCCUUCCCUCGAAUAGGUCAACUCCGUACUGAGUCCGGAUAUCUUAAUCCCCAUUCCUAUACAGUAACCCGUCUCUAUCCGCAUCAUCCGCAACCCUCGUAGAAAGCACCUCACCCUACGACAACGCACGACCGACACUCUAUCAACUUUGACUAUCGGAGCUAUUAAUAAAUGCCAAACCAUGAGGAUUCCCGGCGAGACCUCGCGCCUACGCGCCAACAGUCUCACGAUACUGCCCUCGUAGGUGCCCAACGGGCCAUGGCGCGGCAGACACCGUCUACAUCAGAUGCAUCCAUAUCCUUUUCUCCAACCUCCAACGCUGCUUUCAAGGCACACGAUACCAUUAAGCCGAGAAACCGCUCCGCUUCAGCAGCUUCUCAGAAAUCAGUCCGAUUCGCGGCCCAAGUUGAGGGUCAAGAUCGAGGUCAAAAGAAAGAGGAAGAACAGUCCACACUUUCUGCACUGCAGCAAACACUGUUCCUUGUCUUUAUUCUUGCAGUUCUUUGGAUUAUUUAUUCGCACCUCACUCUUUUGGUGUAUGCAUUCUUGGGUGUUGGGGUCAUGUAUACGGGAUUGAGCUAUUACUUGGUCAAGUCGCAGAAAGAGGUGACGCUAAAAGCGCUUGAUACGCCUGCGAGGAAGGAGGUGGAAGGAUGAACGGGGGACUUCCGAGGCUUUGGCAUAGUUUCUUGUCACAAAGUUCCGUAUACUGUUCUGUAAUUACUCAUGGGAUUCUUUUUCAGGAUUCUGAAGAUGUUGUCCGAUCACAACGCCGUCCGACACGGCUCAGCGAUGAGCACUCGAAGUAAUGCACUUCCAAAAAAGGCCUUGAAGCCUCACAUGCAGCUACAAGAAGACAAACGCAGACCUACGACGAUGUACGGUACGAGCAAUUUGGAGCUGUGCAGUGGAGCGCGGCGGUCUAGGUGGUUCAUCGCCCUUAA